AUGAAAACGAUGAAAAACAGGGCAGACGAGUAUAACCUUAUAAAGAUAAAAGAAGCCCAAAAUAAAAUACUAAUUCAUUUAAACGCAUUUACAAUCAACCAAGUGGUGUCCACGCUGGUCCUCUCGCACAAAUAUAAUAUGCUAAAUUUUAAAAUUCUACACGCAGUUAUAGAGCAUCUGUUUCGCCAUUCCUGCUUCUUGAAUAGCAAACACCUGUACGUGCUAGUUUCCAUCGUGAGGAAGAUACACCUGGACAACCUCCUCCACCCGUCGCAAGGGGACAAUGAAAGUGCCCACGCGGAGGACUACCUGGAAGAUGUUAAUGAAAAUAUAAAAUGGAAGGAGAAGUAUUACGGGGAGGUGAUGGGCAAUUUGGCCCUCCCCGCAAGGGGCGACACCGGUGAAGCGUUUCCAGGUGAACAGAGCACCCCCGAAUGUCCACCUCAACACAACGGUAGGCUGAUCGAACAGGGAGGCAACACAAACAGCGUGAGCGGUAGACUACCCCGGUGCGAAACUCACCUGUGCGAAACCCCCCCGGCGGAGGAAGCCCCAUCAGUGCAAAAUGGCCCCCCCCAGCAAGCAGACAUCUCCGCAGAAAUGAAAAAGACCCACUUAAAAAUUAAGGAAAUCCUGACGCACAAUUAUAGCAACAUUUACAUGAACGUACAAAAGAACAUGUACACAAGUUUGUUACUGUUAAAUUAUUUGCAUGCAGAAAAUAUAAUCAGCAGAAGAAUUUUUUUAAAAAUUAUUUACAGCAUAGAUACACAGUUUAGCCAACACACGUUUAGCAGUAAUGAAAAGGGAAGGAGCAGUGACCACCACUCCUACGAUGGAAGUGAACCCUAUGAAGAGGACAUCCUCAAUUCGUACCUCCAACAACAGUGUGAAAAUACGUCAACCUACGACCUGUACAUUCGCCUUCACUUCCAUUUGCUGAAAAAUAUGCUCACAGAGUGCGAAUUUAUUGAUGGCAAAUUUGUCAUGGAGAAAAUAGAAAACGGCAUAAGUGUAAAGGAGGACGUGUACAGAGAUGCAAAGCUAUACCUUCAAGUGUUUUCUUUAUUCUUUCAAAACAUGGAAAGGGUUACGGAAGGGGUUAACCAUUUGAAGGUCUUCCAUUUGAACGUCCUCUCCCACGAGCUGUUCAAACAUAUCUGUGAUGAUGGCGCUUGUGUAAAUGUAAAAAUAUGUUACGCCUUCCUCAAGAGGGUAUCCUGUGAGUCUAUCCUCAAGGGGGAAACAACCCCCGACGUUUGCUAUUGCCUUCUAAGCGUUUUGUACUACCUCAAAAGGGGGAACAUGCUGAAUUGGGAGAUCCGCCCGUUUGGUUACCCCCCCUUUGGAGAGACCCCUAUCGAAGAACCCCCAUUCGACUUGCAAUCAAUCCAGGAAAGGUACUCCCUCUUUUUAAACUCGAUUAACCAGUACACCCUGCACGACCUCCUCACUCCACCGCACGAAGACAAAGAAGCAGUCAGCACAACUUGCGGCAUUCCCAUAAAACCCACCCCCAAUUGUGAACCCCCCCCAAUUGAACAAUCGGCCUACAACUUGAGGGAAAACUUUUUCGCCCACUUCAUGGCAGAAUUCUCCUUCAACAUUGUGUGCUACCUAAACAGCAUAGAUACCUACGAACAGCUUUUUAUUUUAAAACAUUUAAUCCUCUUAAAUUUGAAAAAUGAAUACCUAAUCGAUGUGCUGAAGGAACGUCAACGUAACUUCUUUAUACAAAAAAGGCACUACACUGAUCGGAAGCACUUUUUUUAUUUUGUAGAGUAUUUGUUCACCUCUUUUUUUUACUCUCCCCAGGAGUUCCUCAACCUGAUACAUUUGAUGGACCUCCGAAAGUUUCAAAUUGUGCUGGACGCAAACAGACGGACCAAGAAAUUCACCCAUAAAGUGAAAAAAAUAUUCGAUGCCGUUAAUGUGAUACUGAACCAGCGGAAGGAGAAUUGUGUGAAAAUAGCCACAAAAAAGAAAGGGCGGAACAACCAAUUUGAAAAGAAGUGCACUGUCCUACCGGAGGACACAACCCAGCUUCAACAUUUUCAGAACAUCCUCUACGAUUUUUUAUUUUUAUAAUGUGCAAGUGGGCUGCGGGAAUGUAGGUCGACCAUCGCGAUUUCCCCCCUCGAUAUAUCUGCUUAUCCACUCCGUAGACGGCAUAACUGGGAGAGUGAAACACUGAAAAGGAGAAAAUAGGAGCAACCCUAACACCUGUGCGGGGUUCACUCGAAGGGGAUUCCCUUCAAAGUGACCAAACAGAGCAGAACAAAAGGGUACACAUCUGGGGUUAAAUGUACAAGUGCGCCCAGGUGUACCUAUGAGCUCUUAGAGAUGAAUCCCAUUCUUUCUCUAUUUGUCAGUGGGAAGACGUUCCCUUUUUUUUUUUUUUUUUGUUCUUUUAAGCAGAUGUGCCCUUUUGUGAGGACACAUUUAUGCUCCACCUUUCCACCGCGUUUUUUUUACCGGGAAAGUACUCCCUUGUGUAGACUGUCUCUUCAUUUUUGCCAUCCCCUUUUGGAUAAAUCCCCCAACAUGUCACUCCAAUUUGUGAAUAACUACACAGUUACCAUCC